UGCUCCUGGGGUUUCAUAGGGAAGAGUCGAGUCAGACAGGAAGGCCUGGGGCUGAUAGCACUGGCAGGAAGGAAUGCACUCGGGUGAGCCCAGGGACACGUCACGCCCUGCCCUCUCCCCGUCACAGGGGUGUGGCGAGGCCUCUCCUGCCAUCCUCUUCCCCAGCCCAGCCUGGCAUCAGCACAGUCCACACACAGCUCGCCUUGUACCUGACAAGCCUCGGGACCACAGGGAAGGCCAUGGAGACUUCAGGAUCCUCCUCCCAGACUCAAGACCACAGUCGAGUUCAUGGAAAUACAGAAGAAACAGACCAUGGAGAGACAGAUCUCCAGAAGCAAGACGGGGAGGCCAGACUCUUUUCUCCAAAACAGUAUAGGAGAGACAAGUCUUCCUCCUCCUCCAAGUCUUCCUCCUCCUCCUCCUCUUCCUCCUCCUCCUCCUCCUCCUCGUCUUCCUCUGCCUCAGGUGCUGAGCAUGGGGAACCUGACCUUUUACAGGAUGCGCUUCAACUCUAUGGAGGUGCCCCUGGGGAGAUGGUGCCCUCUGGAGAAUCAGGACUCCGAAGGAGAGGCUCAGACUCAGCAAGUGGAGAAAUGGAGGCCUCUCAGUUAAGAAGACUGAACAUAAAGAAAGAUGAUGAGUUUUUCCACUUCGUCCUCCUCUGCUUUGCAAUUGGGGCCUUGCUGGUGUGUUAUCACUAUUACGCAGAUUGGUUCAUGUCCCUCGGAGUUGGCCUUCUCACCUUUGCCUCCCUGGAGACCGUUGGCAUCUACUUCGGUCUGGGUCCCAGCAUCAGUCUGUAAACAAACUAAUUUAAUCCAGGCUCAGAACUCAAUAGAACCCACGGUCACCAGGUGACUGUCUCCCCAGAUGGACCCCAACCAUCUCUCCCUUCCUUGUAUGCAUGUUCUGUUUCUGCCAUCAAGGAGUGCAGUCUAUGUUCUUGCCCCUUGAAUCCCAGAUGGAAUUGUGACUUCCCUUAACCAAGAUAAUGUCACAGAAGUGACACGUGACUAUCCCAGUCCUAGUCUUUAAGAAGCCUGGCAGCUUUUACUUUUCCUCCUGCAAUUCAGCCUCCACGAAAGAAAUCUGGCUAUCCUAAGCCACCCAUUCUGUGAGAAAGCCCAAGCUAGGGGAAGCCAAGUAGACAGAGGCCUGGACAGCCCAAGCAUUUCAGCCAUCCAAGCUGAGGCACCAAAACACGUGAGUGAAAAAGUAUCUUGGACUUUGCAGCCCUCACAGAUAUCAUAUGAAGCAAUAAAACCACCCAGCUGAGCUCAGACCAUAUUGAAGAAUGAUGAAAAAUAAUAAAUAGUUAUGUUUUGAGUCACCAAACUUUGCAAUGGUUUGUUAUACUGCAACAGAUCAUUGAAACAGAGAUCUUUGCUGGGUAUAUUAGUCAGCAUUCUCCACGGAAACAGAGCCAACAGGAGAUACAUAAAGAGCUUUAUUAUAAGGAAUUCGAUUAUGUGAUUAUGGAGGUCUACAGAUGGCAAGCCGGGCAGCCGGGAGAGCUGGCAGGGUAGCUCUAGCCUGAGUCUGAAGGCUCAGGACAACUGAUGGUUCCAGCCCAAAGGCAGAAGAAAACUGAUGUUCAGCUCAAGCAUCCAGGCAGACAGAGAGUGAAUUCUCCCUAUUUCCACGUUGUUGUUCUGUUUCAGCUCUCAGUGGAUUGGAUGAGGCCUACUCACACUGAGGAGGGCCACCUGCUUUGCUUAGUCUACUGAUUAUAAUGUUAAUCUCAUCCAGAAACACCCUCACAGACACACCCAAAAUCAUGUUUAACCGAAUCCCUGGGUACCCCGUGGCCCACUCAAGGUGACACAUAAAAUUAACCAUUGCACUGGCACUUCUGAGAGAAGCAUAUUCUCCUCCGUUCUAUUUCAUGAUUCGAGGCUGUGAGCUUAGCCCCAGCCACCGUCGUGCUACUGCCAGGGCCUGACCGAAAAUAAAGUCCGCGCGCGGAGCAGAGCAGAACCGAAAGAGGCUGUGAAACCAAGUCCUGACGAUGGAGUUCUACCUUACGGAUCAAGCUGCCCCUUGAGCUAGUCCUGUUUUAUGAGGCA